GCUAAUCCCCCCCAGGCACACACCUUGCUGUUGGUGUGCAUUGUCCCCUGUCUCUCCUCCUGUUUAAUUGUAUCUUUGGCAAGUAGCUGCUAAUCCCUCUGGUUUUUGUGUGCACCUGGAUGGCUCCUGGUUCCCUCCCCUCUCAGCCCUGUUUGGAAAGGUCUCCCCGGAAGGGUGCUUUUGCCUCACUCCAGACAGGGUAGUGAGAUAUAAAAAGGGGCUGGCAUUGUAGAUGCUGCCAAGAGGAGAGAGAAAGAGGGAGAGAAAAGACAGAGAGAAAGAGGAAAGAAGAGCCUUGAGGGACCAGCCAGCACAGCAACAGACUCCCUGCCCUUUUCCUGAAGAUGUUGGCUUCCCGGUGCAACAGCCUUCUGGCCAUUCUUGGAGUCCUGCUGAUCCGUUCAGUGGCAGGGGAUCAUGGGCCCUGUGCAGACAGCGGUUGGUGCCGGGAUAUGGACACGGAAGCCGAGGUGAUGCAGUGCCUCCAAGCCUGUAGGUCGGACCUCUCAUAUUCUGUCUCAGAUGAGACCCCCGUCUACCCGGGCAAUGCUCACAUGCAGCCCCUGUCAGAGGACAUCCAGAAAUACGUCAUGAGCCAUUUCCGUUGGGACAAAUUUGGCAAAAGCAAUGACAACGGGAGCAAAGGGGACAAGGCCGACUUGGACCACAAAGGUGAAGAACUCCAUGUUGGAAGAGGCUCCCUUGCCGCUGUCGUCCCGGCUUCGUCACAAGACCAUGGAAGCUGGGAAGAGGACCUCGGGAGUGACCUGGAAUCCCUUGAAAGGCAGGAAGGGAAGAGGUCCUACGCCAUGGAGCACUUCCGAUGGGGAAAACCAGUUGGCCGGAAACGGAGACCCAUCAAGGUCUACCCCAACGGAGUCGAGGAGGAGUCGGCAGAGAGCUACCCGCAGGAGUUCAGACGAGAUCUUUCCUGGGAGACAGACUACCCCGAAUCCGACUCCGUGUCUGACGAAGGCCAUCCGGGUGAAACCAAGAAGGACAACGCUCAAUACAAGAUGCACCACUUUCGGUGGAACGCUCCAUCCCCCAAGAGAAAGCGCUACGGUGGAUUCAUGACCUCCGAACGCAGCCAUACCCCUUUAGUGACUCUUUUUAAGAAUGCCAUGGUCAAAACACCGUACAAGAAAGGCCAAUAAGAAAGAGAGGAACGGGGGAGACAAGAGCCAUCCCCUACACAGCGGGUGGAGGGGGGAAUCGGGGUGCAGAGACACCCCAAGUAUAGAUAUCUCUGGCACAUACCGUCAUUUAGAAGACCAUUUAUUUUAUGUUGUUCUUACUUGUUGUUAAUAAUUGAGGGAAGUCGCUGUCUAGAAGCCGGUUUGAUGCUUGCGUUCUGGUUUUGAAUGUACAAAAUAAUUUGAGGGGUUGAAUUGGACGGUGGGUUGAUGUCUUAAUCCAAGGUGUAGG